CCGCAAAACUUUUCCCAUUCUGUCGAGCCUGUGUCAGCCCAUGGCAAUUGCCCCAAAAUGCCGUGCUCCCUGGUGAUGCGCCACGCCGUGCAUUGCGAGGAUAUGGGAGCCAGGCAUGCCCUUGCUCUGUUGUGUCAGGCACCCGCUCCAGUGGCUGGCAAUCCUUGCGUGCCGCCAGAUCGGGCCGUGAUCGAGGCCAGGGAUUCCUCCCGAUUGGCAACACUGCCAGGCAUUGCGCGACUCGCUCGCUGUGUUGUCGCCCAGGCCCCGGCAAGGCAUGCCAUUUAUUCUGUCGCACCUAGACCGUUUGAUCCCUCCCUGCUCAGCGAACGCCGCCAUGGUAAUUUGUCCAGCCCGAUCGCGUCCAUUGUGUCAGCCAAGGGUCAUCAUCUUUGUGUGUUGGCCACGUCGUCUCUCGUCGUCGCGGCUUCGCUUAACCUGUCGCUUCUCUCAUCAACGGUUUGCAAGGCAACACCGCCGAUUUGCGGGCAUGGGCGAUUGGCCGGUCGCUAGGUCUCACACUACGUACGCCACAUGGGGCGAUGGUCUGCUCGAGUCUCAGGUGGGGGCGCAAUGCUGGCAACCGACGGGUAUGUUCGCGAAGUUGUUCCCAGCGCACGCACUUGGUACUUGAAGCACUGAAUUGGUUGAUCG